GACUAUAAAGAUAGAUCAGUGCACUUUUUACUGUUUAAAAAAACAAAUAACCUUCCGGCAUAGUAAUUUCCAAGCUAGUUAGUAGUUAUUUGUAUUAUCUGGGUGAGUCAGUGACUCGGUAAGGGUAACUAAACUGAGCCGCAGGGAAAGCCCUGGCUGAGUCGAGUUUUGUGAGAUGAGAGGAGUAGGAGGAGGAAGAGGAGGAGGAGGAAGAGGAAGCAAUUUUCAUGGGAACUAUACAAACCCAUGUUUGACUAUGCAUCAACCUUGGGCUUCUUUGCUAGUUUAUGGAAUUAAGCGCAUUGAGGGUAGAUCAUGGCCUGCUCCCAUUAGAGGUCGAUUGUGGAUUCAUGCUGCAAGUAAAGUUCCUGAUGAAGCAACUAUUAAAGCUAUGGAGGACUUUUACAGGGAAAUUUAUGCACUGAAUGGAGUUAAUGAUCUGAAAUUUCCAGAACAUUAUCCUGUUUCAAGGCUUAUAGGUUGUGUUGAAGUGGUCGGAUGUCUUGAACGCGAAGAAUUAAGUGGCUGGGAGUUGGUACCUGAAGGGGUGAGACUGGAAGCACAAACUGAUAUGUGUUGGCUCUGUGAGCAGCCACAGAAAUUGUUAAUUCCAUUUGAAAUGCGUGGUUAUCAAGGCGUUUAUAAUUUGGAGAAAAAGAUAUAUGAGGCUGCAAUGAGAGGUCUUACACCAGUUGAAUGCCCAUUUCCAGUAAAGUUUCCUAUUCCAGAUCCAAGGGAUCGAUUUUCCCUAAAACCUGGAUCUAUUGCUGUACACUAUCCUAGAUCAAAAGGAGCUGAAGUGCUGAAGUCGUCAAAUCUUGAUGCUGCAAUAGCUGGUGCACGAGCUGCGGCUACACAGUUCACAAAGAAGAAUCAAACAUCCCAAACCACACAGAGUACCUCACCCAAUGGAGUAAUGACAAGACAGAUGACAAACCGAUCAAUUGAAGAAGAAGAAACACGCACCACAAACUUUGAUACACAAUCUACUUCGGAUUUGACAUCUGAUAAUGAAAGGAAACCAAACCAGAUUAUGCUUGAGGGAAGCAGUAGUGAUGUUCAACCACCUUGUGCAGAUUCCAGACCUCGCUCUGGAGCACCUUCAAAGAUUUUUGCUGCGGCGCUGAGAGGGCUGAAGCCACCAUGAGUCUUCCCAUUUCUUCUUUGGAUCACGUAACUCUGUAAAUAAACCAGUAUCAGCAAGUUAUUCAACUUUCAUGGCAGGAGAAGAUUCGAGUAUGAACCUUCAAUCUUGAUUUAACAUUUUUUUUCAUGGGGAUUUGUUUUAGAGUUUGGUUGUAGUUUUCUCUGUUUUAACAAGAAUAAUUGCUAAAUCUUGUAAUAUUAAUCACUGAUCCAUUAAUAAUCUCUGUACCCUUUGGAGUGAAGUUCAUUGAACAUUAUUUUCCUUGGUAAUUAACAAGUAUUUGUGAUGAUACUAUUCA